AUGUACCGUCCACCUACAUUUUGCAUCCUCCUCCUGGUGGUUUGUGCUGCUGCGACCGUGACUUCGCAGCGUCUUUCUCAAGUAACGGCUAACACAAGUGUCGGUUCUAUCACUGGAAUGCAGGAGCAUGUGGAACUCUUUGGAGAGAAUUACCAACUGAAUGUCUUCCGUGGUAUACCUUACGCCGAGGCCCCUGUUGGCGAACUCAGGUUCAAGCGGCCAGUUUCAAAAGCCUAUUUUAAUAACGGGUUCAACGCGACAGCCUAUGGGGAUGGAUGCCCCCAGGCAUUUGCAAUGGAGUUCAUGGACAUAUCACAUAUUUUCUCAACAAGUGAGGACUGCCUGUCCCUGAAUAUCUAUGCUCCUACUACAGCAAACGCUACCAACAAGAAGCCGGUCAUGGUAUUCAUUCACGGCGGAUCAUGGGUUGUCGGCGCCUCUCGGCAGUAUGAUGGAAGACCACUGGCAGCAUAUGGUGAUGUCGUCCUGGUGACGAUCAACUAUCGUCUUGGUCCACUUGGUUUCUUAAAUACCGGCGAUUCCAAUGGUCGAGGAAAUAAUGGACUUUUCGAUGAGUUAUUGGCUCUACAUUGGGUCAAGGACAAUAUCGGUGAUUUUGGAGGAGAUGCUGGUGUCGUGACUGUGUUUGGUGAAUCUGCGGGUGGAGUAGAGACAUCACUACACGCCAUUUCUCCACUGUCCGCGGGAAAGGGACUUUUGCAUCGAGCCAUACCACAAAGUGGUGCCGCUAUUUUCCCGACCCCAGACCAUUUCGCAAUCGUCCAAAAUCCUUUAGAAAAAGCAAAGGUACUCGCCGAUUUCCUUGGAUGUACGACGACUGACAACCAAGCCAUGGUAGAGUGCUUGCGAUCAAAGUCACCAGAAAAUUUGAUGGAAAAGGGCAACCUAGUUUCCACUGCCGAGAAGGCAAACGCUUGGCGUCCAUCUGUGGAUGGGGAAUUCGUGCCUGAACUGCCAGCCAAUCUCUUUACAAAUUCUGGCCGCACAGACGCGUAUUCUGCUUUCUUCUCCAUUGAUUUGAUGAUUGGUUCCAACAGCGCUGAUGGCGAUGUUGCAAUGAUUAGCUUAGAACCAUUCCUACCAAAAAACUUUUCAAUGUCGAAAGACUUGCUUGUUGGCUUCAUGUCAGAUUUUGUCAAGAGCGUCCCAGACGGCGUUACCAAGGCGAUACUGCACGAGUAUGUGUCUCCUGUGGAUAUGAAUGGAGUGGAGGGAAGAGAUACAAUGAUAGACUUCUUAACCGACACUUUGUUCAUUGGUCCAGCGGUAGCAACAGCCCAGACCCACACAAAGAUGACAACAGAUGCAAAGACCUACAUGUAUUUCUUUGAUUACGCAUUGAACAAUUUAACACACUCCAAGUAUCGUCCCGGUAUGGUAGCUCACGGAAUGGAAUUAAUCUAUUUGUUUCCAUCCCUUGAUAUGAAUGAUACCAACUCUAGGCUAGCCUUCACCGAUGAUGACCAACAGUUCAGCAAGACCAUGAUGACGUAUUGGACCAACUUCGCAAAAUAUGGAAACCCGAAUGGUAACAUGAGUGACCUUACCCGCCCCAAGGUCGACAAAGAAUGGCCCGAGUUCACCCUGGGCAAUCAUCAGUACCUGGACCUUGGCUCCAACGCGACUGACAUCCAAAUAACAGCCAGGAAAGAUCUACGGGCUGAGAAGAUGUCUUUCUGGUUGGAUUAUGCCCCGUUCCUGCUGAACAACACUUGUACUGAACUACCAGCAACUAAGAUGCCAUCUCCAUGCCCCGAGUGCGUGCCCCUCAUGGACCAACAAAUCGGAGUAUUCAGUAUUACUGUUGGACAGGCACAAACUGUACUCAUAGUCCUUGCUGUUUGUACGGCGGUUGUUGCCACCUUGGCACUAAUGGUGCUAUACGCCUGUUGCAAGGCACGAAAACAACUGAAAUUUCUCAAGAAAGGACAGACAUAUCAUUCAAAUAAAGCAUUUGAAUCUAAUUAA